ACAAACAUGAUUUUGGAGGGCAUUCAACCACGUGCCCUGAACGUGUCAGCCAAAAAAUUGGUGUUUAAUUUUAAUUAACAAGAAUGCCAUUGCGGUGCAGGGGAAAAAAGGGACCAGGAAUAUCCUCAAAUGCCUAUAUUCUGGUUUAGGGUAAGCACAAAUUGAAAGGACUUGAAAAUAAAGAAAUAGAACGCUAAAAAAUCACUAAAAAACCCCGUUUUUUUUGGUAAAAUUAGCUUUGGAGGUCUCUCUGGGAGGAAAUCUAACGCUACUCUUGAUUUCUCUAUGUGUGUCUGUACAAAUCGAAGCGACGGAGCCCCGAAUCUUAUUGGGUUUCAGAAGCAAUAGGUGAGAUUGCCUUUGCACUGGUUCUUGUGUUGAAUGUUCAGAAAUGUGUGAGGUAGCUUUUGCAUUGCUGUCAACAGUAUAGAAAAAAAUCAGAGGUGAAGAAAUAACUUGAAACAGAUGCAACAGUGAUUAGUAUGUCUGAACUGAUUGAAGGUCUUCCAGACGCUGUUGCCAUCAGGUGCAUUGCACGGGUUCCCUUCUACCUCCACCCCAAGUUAGAGCUCGUUUCUCGUUCAUGGCGAGCUGUUGUGCGUAGCCCUGAGCUGUUUAAAGCCCGGCAGGAGGUUGGUUCAGCAGAGGAUCUGCUAUGUGUGUGCGCUUUCGAUCCCGAGAAUUUGUGGCAGCUUUAUGACCCUCACCGAGACCUUUGGAUUACCCUUCCUGUUCUCCCUUCUAAAAUCAGACACCUUGCCCACUUUGGUGUUGUCUCUAGCGCGGGAAAGCUAUUUGUGCUUGGUGGUGGUAGUGAUGCUGUUGACCCGUUAACUGGUGAUCAAGAUGGAAGCUUUGCAACAAAUGAAGUGUGGUCAUAUGACCCUGUAUUACGACAAUGGGCAGCACGUGCAUCUAUGCUUGUGCCCCGUGCAAUGUUUGCAUGCGGUACUUUGAAUGGAAAGAUUGUGGUUGCAGGUGGUUUCACCAGCUGCCGAAAAUCAAUUUCUCAAGCGGAAAUGUAUGAUCCAGAGAAGGAUGUUUGGAUCCCAAUACCUGAUCUCCACCGGACUCACAAUUCAACAUGCUCUGGAGUAGUUAUUGGGGGAAAGUUGCAUGUCUUGCACAGGGGCUUGUCAACAGUACAAGUUUUGGACAAUGUAGGGUCUGGGUGGACAGUUGAGGAUUAUGGUUGGCUCCAAGGUCCAAUGGCAGUUGUUCAUGAUGCUCUCUAUGUGAUGAGCCAUGGACUGAUUUUCAAGCAGGAAGGGAAAACCAGGAAAGUAGUGGUUUCAGCAUCUGAGUUCCGGAAAAGGAUUGGAUUUGCAAUGAUGGGGCUUGGGGAUGACAUAUAUGUGAUUGGAGGGGUGAUUGGGCCCGACCGAUGGAAUUGGGAUAUUAGGCCAAUGUCUGAUGUUGAUAUCUUAACAGUUGGGGGUGACAGACCUACAUGGCGCCAGGCAACUCCAAUGACAAGGUGCCGAGGAACAAUCCUUGGGUGUACACAGCUGAGAAUUUAGCCUCCAUUUGUUCUUGUUGUAGCUUUGAUGCGAAAAUUAAGCUCUUGUUAAGGCAUUGGAUCCCUCCUAUGGGAGACGAGGAAUGUAAUCUUUCUCUGGCUAUCUUGUUUUAUUCGUGAGCCGUUAUUACCCUUGCCUCUGUUUUCUGUCAAUUUAGGGUUUUUUGAGGGAAACUUCCAUUUGGAAGGCAAGGCUGAAGGUAUUGAGUCAGUUUUAACAGCAACAGUGAAGCAUGAAAUUUAUUUAGCAGCAGCAGCAUGCAUAACAAUCAACGAGCCAUUUGUUCUUUUGUA